AUGCAAGCCAAGAAGACCAAGUACGACGUCAUCGGACUGAUCAAGACGAGACGACGUCACCCUCUCAACGCCGUAUAUGAAACUGGAGAAGAACUGUUCUUAGGAGCAUGCGACAGUAGAGGUGUUGGUGAAAUUGGCGUCCUCAUCAACACGAGUAUGGCAAAGAACAUCGACUCUUUCGAACAACUUACGACCCGAAUCGGACGUCUGCGGAUGAGAAGAUGUGGUUCAACACCAGCUUUGACUAUCUUCGUCGCUUACGAUCCAACAUCAAGCUACGAUGAAGAAGAAGUCGAAGCUUUCUAUAUGGACAUGGAGAAGUUCUACCGAGAAGAUCAUGCUUUCUGCAAGGUCAUAAUUGGCGAUUUCAACGCCAAAGUUGGCCCAAGAAGAACGUCGGAGUAA